AUGCGUUUACCUGUGGUUUAUCUCGUUCGUCACGGUGAGACUGAAUGGUCCAAAAGUGGUCAACAUACUUCUACUACCGAAGUAGAGUUAACUGAAAAUGGUGUAAAACAAGCCCAAGACCUUUCACGUUUUGUAUUUGAAAACCAAUGUCAAGACUUUAUCGAACCUAAAAAUAUCACUCAAAUUUAUGUAUCACCCCGUAAAAGAGCCCAACAAACUCUUAGUUUAAUUAACUUACCCGAAAAAGAAAAAAUUCCUGUAUUUACAGAACCGAAUAUUUCUGAAUGGAGUUAUGGUGAUUAUGAAGGAAUUACAGCUCACGAAAUUCGUAGCACUAAAUUUGCUUUUUGGGAUAUUUGGCAAGUAAUUCAUGGCUGUCCUAAUGGUGAAACAAUUCAACAAGUAGCCACUAGAUGCGAUCAUGUAACUGCGAAAAUUAUGGCCUAUCAAACUGAUCAUAUGGAUAAUAAUCCAAAUUCGCCUGGAGGUGAUGUUUUGGUGGUAGCUCAUUCCCAUUUACUUAGAAUUCUUGCUUGUAGAUGGUUGAACCUUCCUCCUGAACAUGGAAGACAUUUUCUUAUUGAUACCGCACAAACAACUUUUAGUAAUGAUUUUGUUCGUACAGUAAUAAAGUAUGAUUCAAUCUUGGAAAACCACAACAAAUACAAUUCUCAAAAUGCUAGAAAUAAAACUUUUCAAGGUGGCCCAACUUUAGCCUAUGUGACUCCUUGGAAUAAUCAUGGUUAUGAUAUUGCCAAAAUUUUUAAGGGUAAAUUCGACUAUGUAAGCCCUGUUUGGUAUAAUAUCUAUCGAAGGUCAACGAAUCAAUAUGAGCUUACCGGUGGUCAUGAUGUUGAUCAUAAUUGGAUUAAAGAAAUUAGUGAGGGACGUCAUGUUAAAGUGGUACCAAGAUUUCAAUUUCAAGAUUGGACUCAAAUAGAUUAUCAAAUGUUGAUAACAGAAUUAAAUGAAAUUGAUUCUCUUGUAAAUACUUUAAGCUUAGAAUGCAGAAAACAAGGUUUUGGUGGCUUGGUUCUUGAAGCUAGCUAUAUUAUACUUUUAAGAAAUUUUGUGAUGAAAUUAGGUGCUAAAUUACAUGAUCAAUCUCAGGAAUUAAUUUUAGUAUUAUCUCCAAGAAAGCCUUCAAUACCUUACUUCACGGCUGAUCAAUUUGAUGAUUUUAGUCAAUUUGUUGAUGGUUUCUCUCUUAUGACCUAUGAUUAUUCUUCUCACGAAACUCCAGGUCCAAAUGCACCAAUUAAUUGGGUAGAAGAUAAUAUAUUAUCUUUUACUCCAACAACGAUGAAUCGUGGUAAAUUAUUACUCGGGAUGAAUAUGUAUGGUAUGGACUUUUCUCAAGGACGUGCUGAACAUAUUACUGGUAACACAAUAAUUAAAAUCAUACGUCAACAUAAACCUAUAAUUGAGUGGAACGAAAAUUUGGGUGAACAUUAUUUUCAGUAUCAAGAGAAUGGAUUAUCUCAUACUGUAUGGUAUCCAUCCUUGAAGUCUAUUGAAUCUCGUCUUCAAUUAGCUGAAGAUUAUGAUACUGGCUUGUCUAUUUGGGAAAUAGGGCAAGGCUUGGACUAUUUUUAUGAUUUGUUAUGA